UUUUUGUAAUGUCAUGUAGCUUGUCCAUGGAAACUGGUGGCAUAUUUCUUCGACAGUGAGAUUCGUAAUAUUGUUAAUUUUUUAGAUAACUGAUUUAGAAUUAUAAUACAAAAGUAACCUAUACCAGAAUGGAAGAAAUUGGUAUCAUAUUGCCGGAGAAGGAUGACCAAGUCGUAGAUGCCAAGGGACUAUCAUUCCCAGGACCUCAGACCUUUGAUGAAUUGGAAUCUGAAGAUCUCUACACUAAAUACAAGAAACUCCAACGUAUGCUUGAAUUCUUGGAAGUUCAAGAAGAGUACAUAAAGGAUGAACAAAGGAACCUCAAGAAGGAGUACCUUCACGCUCAGGAAGAGGUGAAGAGAAUCCAAUCCGUACCUCUUGUGAUUGGUCAAUUCCUUGAAGCUGUGGACCAAAAUACUGGCAUAGUUGGCAGUACAACUGGGUCAAACUACUAUGUUCGCAUCUUGUCAACGAUUGACAGAGAGCUGUUGAAGCCUUCAGCCUCUGUGGCUCUCCACAAGCACUCCAAUGCACUUGUAGAUGUGUUGCCACCAGAAGCAGACAGCUCCAUUUCCAUGUUACAGGCUGAUGAGAAGCCCGAUGUUCAGUACUCAGACAUUGGUGGCAUGGACACACAAAAGCAGGAGAUCAGGGAAGCUGUAGAAUUACCCCUGACACAUGUGGAACUGUACCGACAGAUUGGUAUUGAGCCGCCUCGAGGUGUGCUCAUGUACGGGCCUCCAGGGUGCGGCAAAACUAUGUUGGCUAAGGCUGUAGCUCAUCAUACCACAGCGGCGUUCAUUCGCGUGGUGGGCUCCGAGUUCGUGCAGAAGUACCUGGGAGAAGGGCCCCGUAUGGUGCGCGAUGUCUUCCGUCUAGCUAAAGAGAACAGCCCCGCCAUCAUCUUCAUUGAUGAGAUCGAUGCUAUUGCUACUAAAAGAUUUGAUGCCCAAACUGGUGCUGACAGAGAAGUACAGAGAAUCUUGCUUGAGCUCCUCAACCAAAUGGAUGGAUUUGAUCAAACCACCAAUGUUAAGGUAAUUAUGGCCACAAAUCGUGCUGACACUUUGGACCCUGCCCUCCUUAGACCUGGCCGUCUUGACAGGAAGAUCGAGUUCCCUCUGCCCGACAGGCGUCAAAAGCGACUGAUCUUCUCAACGAUCACCGCUAAAAUGAAUCUGUCUGAAGAAGUAGAUUUAGAAGAGUUUGUGGCGCGACCGGAUCGCGUUUCCGGAGCUGACAUUAACGCUAUUUGCCAAGAGGCUGGCAUGCACGCCGUCCGUGAGAAUAGGUAUAUUGUUCUGCCCAAAGACUUCGAGAAGGGUUACAAGAACAACAUCAAGAAGGAUGAGAGUGAAUAUGAAUUCUACAAAUAAGUUUUGUCGUCUAUAUAUCUCUAUUGUUUGAAUUGUAAUUAAUAAACCUAAAUACACGUAA